AUGAUCUUCGUUUUUUAUUGUUAUGGAAAUUUUGUCUCUCAAGUUUUAUUGCAGAACUCGCUCCAACCAGCCACCGAAUACAUGCCGCAAUCAGAGAAACUUCGUGGAGCAUGGAUUUUAGCUGGACUGUAUGCAGCAAUAAUGGUUGAAUCUGCCACAGCUGGUGUUUUGUUCCACGCUACCCUUGCCGAAAUGAUCGACCACAGUCGUAUGUCCGUUCAACAACGGGAUUCCAUAGCUAUUAUAAUUCUCACUUUCGUUGUUGUAUCUCUAAUCGGAUAUAUCCUUACCAUACCAUUCCUCUGCUAUGCGGUACAGAGGCACUCGGCAACAGCUUUGGUGCCUUACCUUGUCUGGAGAAUGCUGUUCUCAAUCAUUAUUCUUACUGUCGUUGUCUGGCAGGCUACUGCAUUACCUAAAAGGCCGUUGUUGUUCCGAUCAGCUUUCUUUGAUCGACAGCUUCCAGUGGCUGUAGCGGAGAUACUCGUUGGAACGAUUUUCUUCGGAAUCGCACUAAGGGCUCAUCGCGAAUUCACAACAAAGCGACUGACCCGAGAACGUCAUAUGGACAAUGAUCCAUUUUUAUGAAUUCUUUGACAAGCUUUGAUUCCGUAUAUCCUCCCAGUGCCUAACAUUUGCUCAUCGCAUUUCACCUCCAAUUAUCUAGAUGAUUUCGUGCUGAUAGAGGAGAAUUCAUGAUUGUCACCAAGUGAUUUAUGGGAUGUUCCCGCGAAUAAUCUUGAUCGAGAUUUUCUUGUCCAUCUAGCUGAUGUGUUUUUGACAGUUCUGAACAUUUCAAACCAAAAGCUUGUCAAAUGAGCGAGUGGCGGAUUGAAUCAUAGACUAGUUUUGGUUUGAAAUCGGGUUUUUCAGUGAAAGCAGACAUAUCGCCGUGAAUUGUAGAAGCAUAAUCUG